AUGUCGAUGCUACCGUCAAGCAAAGGUGAUGGCCCCAGACCUCGAUGCUUGGUCACAAAUACCACUUUGCCCAACUUUGUGAAUCAUGAGCAACCACCAACGAAGAAAAGACCAUUCUCUACACUUCUGAACCAGACUUUCACGCAUACACUUGAAAUCCUCCUCCCUGAAGAUGCAGCUAAGAGUCUACAACAACAACUCGCUGAUGGAAAAGGAACCUUGCAAUAUGCCCGGGUUCACAUGAAACCCAGUGAGCUCAUUCAUGGCGAUUUUUUCAACCAAUACAUCAAAGCUGGAAAUAUUCUAAUGCUCUCCUCUGGUCGCGCGGGAAUUGACAGUCCCAUCAUCUCACUCUCUGACGGCCUUCUGCGCAUCGAAGUCGACAAAGCCACAUUCGAACGUAUGGGUCUCGAGGGAAAACCGAUCCAGACAGAAGGAAGGAAACACGUCMAAGCCCGUUUUGCUAUUGAGCUCAAUCUUCGCCUACCUUCCAUGCUUCCUGGCAAAAAUGGCUUCGAUCGCAUCGUGUGGGCUUUCAAGAAUGUACUGAACAGCUCUCUAACAUGGCUUUUCUGUGAUCUCAGCAAUACAGACAUCUCGGGCGGACCUCUCGAUACACAUCACCCGAUUAUUAAAAAAGUAGAGCCCCAGUCGUUGAGCCUCGGCAACAUUCUAGUUCCUGUCUUUCCAGAGGAGCUGAUUGAGGAAGACUACGCCGAUGCUGCGGAAAUCCUCGAAUGGAUCACUCUGGCUCUCCUAGGCUCUCCACGGGUAUUGAAAGACGAUGAUGUCGAUCCAUUCCUUUCCCGUUAUUCAGUGCCCGCGGCUUUUGGAGAGUCUGUCCCCGAACGUCUGGUCAAGAUGAGCUGGGAAGGUCUUGUGCCGCCAGCUUUCGCGCAAAAGGUUUUCCUUGCUGUGCUGAAAGCUUGUGGGGGACAGUGGGCAGCCGUGAACGGCUCAGCGUUUUCUGGGGAAGCCUACACGAUUCUAGUCACGAAGGGCCACAGUACAACGUGGCUGUACAAGGAUUGA